AUGGCCACUCAAAGACUCGGAUCGAUCAUCUCCCACCUCUCCCCCACCAAGACCGGCAUCUCUGCCAUCACACAAAAGAAUCCUGACGACAUUGUCAUCACACUUGCUCUCAGAACCCCACUCGCCAAAGGCAACAAGGGCGGUUUUAAAGACACAGAACUCGACUACAUCGUUUAUGCUUUGUUGAAAGAAUUCGUCGCGAAGAGCAAGAUCGACCCUUCACUGGUCGAGGAUAUCUGUCUAGGAAAUGUCGGUGAUGUUGGAGCUGCGUAUAAAGUCCGAGCCGCCAUGCUCGCAGCCGGCUUCCCUCACACCUCUGGUGCAAGCAGUGUCAACAGAUUCUGCUCCAGUGGUCUGAAGGCCGUGCAAGACAUUGCCAAUCAGAUCUCGAACGGCAGCAUCGACAUCGGUAUUGCUCUCGGUGGAGAGAGCAUGACCAAGAGCAGGGGUGGCAGUGCCUCAUUCUCUCCCGAGGUCGAAGCCAAUCAAGAAGCCGCCGACUGCAAGCAGCCUAUGAUCCAGACCUCGGAAAACGUUGGAAAUGACUUCAACAUCUCAAGAAGACAACAGGAUGAAUAUGCCGUCGAGAGCUUCCGGAGAGCCGAGGUCGCUCAGAAAGCUGGUUGGUUUGAUGACGAGAUCGUCCCCAUCACCACCAAGGUCAAGGAUCCUAAGACCGGGGAGGAGAAGACUGUCACGCUUACCAGAGACGAAGGUCCUCGCUACGGAACUACUCUCGAGUCUCUAUUGAAGAUCAGACCGGCAAUGCCACAAUUUGGCGACAAAACCACUGGUGGCAAUGCCAGUCAGGUGACCGAUGGAGCCGCCGGUGUCCUGCUGAUGAAGCGUUCCAAAGCCAUUGAGCUCGGCCAGCCCAUCCUGGCCAAGUUUUGCGGUGCCACCGUUGCCGGUGUUCCUCCCCGCAUCAUGGGCAUUGGCCCGUCUGCCGCCAUCCCCAAGCUCCUGCACAAAUUCCAGCUUACGAAAGAGGACAUUGACAUCUUCGAGAUCAACGAGGCAUUUGCCUCCAUGGCCGUCUAUUGCUUGAACGUCCUUGGCCUCGACCACGCCAAGGUCAACCCCCGUGGUGGCGCCAUCGCUCUCGGCCAUCCCCUCGGUGCAACCGGUGCGCGACAGAUCUGCACGAUCUUGAGCGAAGCUCGGAGGACCAAGAAGAAGAUCCUAGUCACUUCUAUGUGUAUCGGCUCUGGACAAGGUAUGGCUGGUCUCUUCGUCAAUGAACAGAUAUAG